AUGGCUCCCGAUCCGCAACCGGAACAACCCGCGCAAGCCGAAGCAGCCCAAGAAACAACCCAAUCUCAAACACAAGAAUCAGAACCACAACCAGAAUCAGAACAAGACCCUCCCGCAUCACCCCCCCUCCCUCAGCGACACACAGCCGUUACGCCUGGCCCUCGCGCCGCGCGUCUACAAGAACUCUACGCGCGAUCGCUAAAGAAGACGCUGGGCAAGAUUGGAUGGGACAAUGUCGCCGGCUGCUACCCUACGGUUGCGAAGAGGGCGGAGGGUGUGCUGAGGCAGGUCCAGAGACAAAUGGUUGAUAAGCUUGGCGAGAAGUGCGAGAAAGAGUUUGACAACAUUAUGGUGUCGAGACAGGUCGUCCCUAAGCUCAAUGAUCUGGAGAGCCUUAUUAGCGAUGCCUCCCGCCGACGCGCCGAUCCUCAUCUUCUGCCCCCGUCAGCAAUCCUCGCCGCACAUCUCACACCCGCCCUCACAGCGCACCAGUCGCAACUUAAUGCUCGCCUACAAACGACACAAUCGCAAAACACCCUAUUGUACGAUGAAGUUCGUCGUCAAAGAGAAGAAAUUCGUACACUUCUCGAUGCCCUCGAAGCUGUCGUUGCCGAUGUCCAGGGCGCAAAUGACGCGCUGCGCCCGGUUGUGGACGAUAUUGCUGCUGAGACGAGACAGGGCAUAGCAGCCGUUGACGCUGCCAAUGGUGGUGGGCAACAAGGAUUAUGA